GAGAAAGUGUCACACAAAAAUGGCAACUUUGAACACGAUUUCACCUUCUUUCUCUUGUUCCAAUAUUAACAACUAUGCUUGUUCCUAUCAUCAUCAUCAUCAUCCUCAUCAUAAUUCUAGCAAUUCUACAUUACAUUGGUUAUCCAAUUCCCCUCACUUCUCUGUUCUAUCUUCCCUCUCUGCCCCCACCAUGUUCUCAAAGUCAGGCAAUGGAAGUUCAUGGCUGCAAAACAGUUCCACUGCUGCUAGCAUCGAGUACAGGAAGCGUCCUACAUAUUCUGCAUUUCCAUCAACACCUGCCCAAGUUUCCUCUGUGCAAGACCUCUUUGAAUUCAUUUGCUCAGGCCCUUUGCUUGACAAACUUGGUCUGACAAGAGAGAAGGUGGCCGAGUCCAUCGAUAACUGGAUUACAUAUGGGCGGCGCCUGUGCCAAAUUUUCCAGCUUAAUGAAUUGUUCCUGACAGAACCUCAAAAAGCUAGGCUGUAUCACUACUAUGUACCGGUCUUUCUCUGGUGUGAAGAUCAGAUCGCUCAGCAUCAAUCCAAGUUCAAAGAUGAAAAAGAUAUACCUCCUUUAGUGAUUGGAUUUAGUGCACCUCAAGGAUGUGGAAAGACUACCGUUGUCUUUGCUCUUGACUUUCUUUUCAGAAUGAAUGGAAGGAAGUCUGCAACAAUAUCUAUAGAUGAUUUUUAUUUGACAGCUGAAGGUCAGAAUAAACUAAGAGAAGCUUAUCCUGGAAAUGCACUUCUUGAGUAUCGUGGAAAUGCAGGAAGCCAUGAUCUUGCUUUAUCUAUUGAAACUCUGUCAGCUUUAACCAAAAUGACAAGAGAAGGUAUGACAAUGAAGUUACCAAGAUAUGAUAAAUUGCAAAUUUGAAAUAUUUAAACGUCUGCAUUCAGUGGGAGAGGUGACCGUGCUGAUCCUUCGACAUGGCCAGAAAUUGAAGGUCCCCUUAAUGUGGUGUUGUUUGAGGGUUGGAUGCUUGGUUUCAAGCCCCUUCCAGUUGAAGCUGUAAAGGCUGUUGAUCCCCAGCUAGAAACAAUAAAUAAAAAUCUUGAAGCUUAUUAUGAUGCAUGGGACAAAUAUAUAGAGUCGUGGAUAGUCAUCAAGAUCAAGGACCAGAGUUGUGUCUACCAGUGGCGCUUGCAGGCUGAGAUUGCAAUGAGGGAUGCAGGCAAACCUGGAAUGUCUGAUGAUGAGGUGAGAGAUUUUGUUUCUCGCUACCUGCCGGCAUACAAUGCAUACCUUCCUACACUUUACUCGGAGGGUCCAAAUGGAUCAAAUCCUCAACAUCUCCUCACAAUUGAAAUAGAUGAAGGGAGAAACCCCAUCCUAGGUGUCUAGGAUAACCAGAUGAUAAGACAUUACUGGCUUUUCCAUUCUUUUGAGAAUCGAAAUGGCCAUUCGGCAUCAACUAGUUUCAUCAGCAGUGGAGAUAAGUCAAUGCAUUUGCACUAAUUUCCUUCAAAUGUAUAGAGAAGUUUCUUAUCAAUAGAUAAUAAUGGCUAAUGCUUUCUGGUUUUUCUUGAGGAAUAAAGGGCUAUAGGAACCAUACUAAAUACGCUGUUUGUAGUUUAUUCAAAUAUAAACCCAGAUACUAGUCAUUGAUAGUUAAUGACAUUUUUCCUUUUUAUUGCAAGACUUGGUGUGUGUUUGGGUGAAACAGUGAAUGUACAUUUGGGUGGUUUGGAAUUCGGAAUCGAGAAUUCCAACACAGUGAACGUGAAAGAGAGGUUGACUUCUGUUUACGUACGGUGAACUGAACUGAAAUUUAAACAUUUUUAAUUUCCAAUAAACUCAAAAUUGAUCCACGUUGAACUUAAUGCUAUAAAAUCCUGAUUCUCAUUGGGAUAUGUGAAAUUACGUUUGUUUUAGUGCAAACGGAGAUAUA